AUGCCGUUCGAUAUUAGAAUCAAUUCAGACGAAGAUUUCGAAUCGGAGCACUCGUCACUGAGUGACGACGAAGGUUCCUCUGGCGUGAACGUGUCUUCCCCGUCUGCCGCAGGCAGUCAAGACUAUUAUGAUGGCGAAUGGGCGCAUUUAUCAUAUCCUGAUGAGAUAGGCUCCGAUUCGGCGUCUCGGACACGAGCUUCACGCCGUCAUAUCCAUCAUGCCGGGCCUUCUUCCCGCUCCAGAUCAGGUCGUCGAUACUCGCGGCGAGAUAUCCCCCCCCAAAGAGAAGCCUUUACCCAGAGGACACGCCGCAAUCGGUCUCCGGAAUCUCCUGAAAGUGAGGAGACCGACGAGGAAUUUCUAGAGAAUUAUAGCCGACACCAACCGGACAGGAGAUAUUGGCACCCUGUGGCACCCGCACCUGUUGGUGGCUACCCCCCGAGUUCAUCUUCUGGGCCAUCCUACAAUGUAUUUCCGAAUGGACUUGGACACCCACAUCCACCAUAUCCUCACGCUGCCCCUCCGCAUCAGCCUUCAGAUCAAUUAGUGAGAUUUGGACACGCCGUUCACAUGGGUCGCCCGGGCCAAUACGGUAACACAUCGCCGCCUUAUGGCUACGGUGGGUCACCAUUCCCUCCGCCACACCAUGCAGCUAUGCCGCCAUUUUAUGGUAAUGAUCACUUGCCUGGACAUCCGGGCCCUCAUCCCACUCAUCAUCUACAUCAGUCUCACAGUAGAAGUCGGGGACAAAGCCCGCCGGAGCCACCAGUUCCACAACUGUCCCACGUUCCACCUCCCCCCAACCCACACUAUGCCCCCUUCGGCCCACCUGACCUGAUUCCAUACAGCGCAAACGGUUACAUGCCCUAUAACCCAAACUUUCCACCUAUCCCGGGUGGGAUGAUCAACCAUCAGUUAUUUGGUCAACUGCCUCGCCAGCCCGAAUCUCCUUCGACGGCUUCGCAACCAGACACAUCAAAAGACGACGCUAUUGCUAGGUUGGAACAGCUCAUAAAGGACGAACGAGCAGAACGAGAGGCGAGGGAUGCAGCACGUGAAGCAGCUCUGGAGAAAGCGGCCGCAGAUAAACUGGCAGCGGAAGAAAAGGCGGCAGCAGAAAAGAAAAUCGCCGAUGAAGCAGCAGCAAAAGCCACGGCUAUAGCAAAGGAAGAGGCGGCAAUCGCAGCUGCGGAAGAGGCUAUCAGAGCCCAGAAAGCUGCCGAGGAGUUAGCAGCGAACGCGGCAGCGGAGGCUAAGAAGGCAGCGGAGGAAGCUGCAGCAGCGGCAGCUGCAGAGGCUAAAAAGGCGACGGAUGAGGCAGCUGCCGCCGCAGCUGAGGAGGCCAAAAAAGCGACAGAAGAAGCUGCCGCUGCCGCUGCUGCAGAGGCAAAAAAGGCAGCAGAGGAGGCAGCAGCAAAGCCUCCACCAGAGAAGAAGAAGCCCAUCAAAUUUAAAGAUGCUGUCGGAAGAAAAUUCAGUUUUCCCUUUCACUUAUGCAGCACAUGGCAGGGAAUGGAGGAACUCAUUCGCCAGGCGUUCCUUCAUGUCGAGGUUAUAGGGCCUCAUGUUGCGGAGGGGCAUUAUGACCUUGUUGGUCCUAAUGGCGACAUUAUCUUGCCGCAGGUUUGGGAAACUGUCGUCGAACCUGACUGGACUGUAACCAUGCAUAUGUGGCCGAUACCAGAACCGAAAGAACCUGACCCCCCACCGCCUCCUCCGCCCGCUGAGGAACCUGCUCCACCGCCACCAGCCCCAGAACCUAAGAAGAAACCGGACCCUGCACCGAAAAAACCAAAGCCUAUUAGGGGCGAUCCUGGAGCGUUUACACUAUGGAUGAUGGGCAAUACUCGGCCAAAGUCGAACACCAAGGCUUUAAAAGUGGUAAAAAAGCCUGAGAUCAUACAACAGAACGGGUAA